AUGUCUCCUGGGAGGACUUCAUCUGUGUCACUGCUGCUGUUGCUAAGUCUGAUGGCUAUAGUGAAGGCAGGAAUACCAAUCCCACGAAACCCAGGAUGUCCAAACACUGAUGACAAGAGCUUCCUCCAGAACGUGAAGGUCAACCUGAGCAUCCUCAACACCUUGAGCCCCAGAGUGAAUUCCAGAAGGCCCUCAGACUACUACAACCGAUCCACUUCUCCUUGGAAUCUCCACCGCAACGAGGACCCUGAGAGAUAUCCCUCUGUGAUCUGGGAGGCAAACUGCCGCCACCUGGGCUGCAUCACAGCUGAUGGGAAGGUGGACCACCACAUGAACUCUGUCCCCAUCCAGCAAGAGAUCCUGGUCCUGCGGAGGGAGUCUCAGAACUGCCCCACCUCCUUCCGACUGGAGAAGAUGCUGGUGGCUGUGGGCUGCACCUGUGUCACCCCCAUUGUCCGCCACAUGUCCUAA